UAAUAAAUUGACCAGAGAGAAAAAGUUCUGUCAGAUCAAAAGCAGUCAUCCAGUUCGAUCUCAGACUCGGUUAGCAGCAGACCGCGCGCGCGUCAUGAAGUAAAGUGUUCUCUGUGAGAAGCCGUGAAGAGUGCAUUUUUUCCCAACAUCAGCAAACUUUUCUUUUAUUUUCGGCUGAUUUUCAGCUAAGGCACACGAAGAAGUUCUGACGCGCAAGAACCAAAUAGACGCAAUAUCUGUGCUUAUGUAAAUAUUUGGUAAACACAGAGUUAGAUUAAUUUUAAGGAUUCAGUGAACUUUGAAGAAAUCACGCAUCCUGGAAUGAAUCGGAAAUUUAAGUGACGAGAGUCAGUUACAAGGACAAUUGACAAAAGAGACACGGAACAACUUUACAAACACUGGAUAACGGAUAACGUGUAAAUUUGUGUGAUUUAUAAUCAAUGCAUCUACCCAACAAUCAGUGCCAGAGUCCACCAAUGCCUGCAACAGUGAAUGAUAUGUUCUCCAAUGUACACGAAGUGCUGCAGGAGUAUCAUGGUGAAUUAGUCCAAACUGGAUCACCAGCUGUUCUAUGUUCUGCCCUUCCAACGCACUGGCGCAGCAAUAAGAGCCUGCCGUGUGCAUUCAAAGUCGUUGCCCUCGAUGAUGUCCAAGAUGGCACAAUAGUGACCAUUAAGGCGGGCAAUGAUGAGAAUUACUUUGCCGAAUUGCGAAAUCACACGGCAGUCAUGAAGAAUCAAGUGGCGAAGUUCAAUGAUUUGCGCUUUGUCGGACGCAGCGGUCGCGGAAAAUCAUUCUCAAUCACUAUCACCAUCAGUUCUUACCCAUUGCAAAUUGCUACCUACACUAAGGCCAUCAAAGUCACUGUCGACGGACCACGAGAACCUCGGUCUAAGCAAAGCUAUGGAUAUGGUCAUCCUGGUGUUUUGAAUCCAUUCAUUCUCAAUCCAGGCUGGCUGGAUGCUGCCUAUAUGUACGCAUGGCCCGAUUAUUUUCGCCACCAGACUCAUCAUUCAGCCCUCGUAGCCAAAGGAUCCCCAACGCUACCACCUAAUGCGUCGACAGUCCUACCGCCCACGACCGUUGGAUCGGAAUUUUUGCCACUCAACACAUCGGCCGGCAAUUCGCAACCUCCCGCCUUGCCGCCGACACCGCCAAGUGGCAAUGGACUUCUGCCACCACCGACAGCUGCCUACUUACCCCAGUUUCCCUUCCCAAUGGCCCCGGAACUGCUGCCCAAGAACCCAUUCCUCCCCUAUGACUUCGCCACCCUGCGAAUAGCCCACCAGCGCACCCUCCAAGCCGGCAAUCCCAUGGCCACUCCUGCAUCUGUACCUACUGGGGAGCACGUGAGACUCUCGCCAGCCUCAUCGCGGCCCUCCUCUUCGAGUCCUCCGUCGUCCCAGGGCGCCACAGCCAAAGUCAACUCGUCUCUGGACCUCAACUCCAACCACGACCAGUCCUCCGAGGAUUCAGACGACGAGCCCAUUGACGUGGUCAAGUCUGCCUUUGUGCCCAUUCUGAAGCCGAAACAAGAGAAUGUCUCAGACGCCAACACCCGAGAUUCAUCUCCACCACGACCCAGUCCGACCACUCCACCGUCUGGGAGGUCCAAGUGCGAGCUGAAGGCUGUGUCCAGUCGAAGACAGAUUCUGCAUGAGAUCGCCCCCGCAGUAGCCGGACCUCGAUCCGCCUCGCCAGACACCACUAAAAUCAAAUCAGCCACAAUUCCAGCACAAAUAACCGUCUGGCGACCCUAUUGAGGCCCGAGCAAUUCCUUGCUCUAUCGUGAUAGUAACAUUAAGGACAGACACUCAGAAUCUUACCAACUUGGAGACCAUUCUAAUGGCAUCAAAACUGGCACAGUGAGAAUUUCAAGAGGGUUAUUGAGUAAAGUGGAAUUAGUAAAAAAAAAAUGUAUAUUGUAAAUAAAUUUAUAUCUAAGAAAAUGUUAUAUAGAAAGGAAUGAUGAAAACCAUAAAUCAGAA